AUGUCUACCCAUGAACUGCAAAGCCCAGAGUCUUUGAAACAAGUAUUAGCAACCACUCCACUACUUCAUCUCAUUCCAAAACAAAACUUGAGUCCCUUGAUUAAUCUACCUCUGCUUGUACCUAGAUCAGAUGAAACUGUUUUAAAUAAGCAUAUAAUUGAUAGCAUAGAAUCCUUUGAUACCGAGCAUUCGAGACGAUUUGAACGAGAAUGCCAAGAGGAGUUGUUAGCUUUUAGUGACCCCGAAUUGGACUCAAUUAAAUUUAAGGUGCUUGCAUCACAUCAUCAAGAUAAUGCCCCUCCACGAGAAUAUUCCCACUUUGAAACGCAGAUACUAAAUAAUGAAUCUAUUGACGAUAGUAAACUCGCUGCUAAAUCAGGCGAUGAACUUGUGAAAACCGGUAGGCUAUCCAUCCGAAAAAGAGCACCCACUGACGAUGCAACUUAUGUCCCCAAGCACAAUCAAAAAUACUUUCGAAAAUUCGACAAGGAAUACAUGCGGCUGAAUCCGACGCAAGAGGAGAUUAGUCCCAAUGUUUCCGAAAAUGACAUGACUCCAAUAGUGAGCAUCCCACAAAACCCAGCAGAAAACUUGAACAAGUUUAAUUUUGGCAAAUUCAGCCAAUUCAUACGCAAUGAGCAAAGACAAUUCACGUGGGAAGAUAUGGCUGUCAUGUGUGAGACAUUGAAUAAAAUUGACACUUUUCAGGACCAAGAUGCAAAAGAUUUGGUCAAAGUGCUUGAAAUUUGUUUUAAAACUUUGUCUGAAGCUUUGAGCAAGUUGCAGAAUAAAACUAUCCUGGAAUUUGAUGACAUCAAAUCCAUUCUACCAGAUUUGUUGUGCGGAACAUUUGCAUCCAAAGCUUCAAUCAUUAUAAUCAAGUACAAAAUUUCGAAAGGUGUCAAGAUGGCAUUUAGCAAGUACACUCUUGUCAUGACUCAAACCCUUGAAUAUGUGUUUGAAAAUUUCCUACUUCCGCUGGAAAAGUUGAUUUCUGGGGAUGCCGAUGACUUCACCCAGAACUCGUUCCACAAGCUAAUCACUGAAACGAGUACUAGGUUAAAGCAAUUAGCAUCGUUGAGCAGCUCAUCCUCGUUUGAAGAACAAACCUUGACCAAAUUAGAGAUGCUUUGUGUCGAUAUCAUUUUCAACAGCAAGAUAAACGAGGCUGAAACUUUGCAAUCACUCCUACCUAUUGAUGCACUUCAGACCUCUGCUGGAUUUUGUUUAAUUGCGAUUUAUCAGAACUCAAUUGAUCAAAGAACGUUCUUGCUUCACGAAGUACUCACUGGAUUUCCCUUGAUCAAUACCAAGAAAGGAACCACAAAAAAGUUCAAGACUAAGCGUGGGAUUGAUAUUCACCUAUUCACCAUGAUUUUGAACAACUUUUCUUACUACUUUGUCGAGAGCGAAGGUUACUCGUCAGAUUUUAUGGAUCACGUUUCUCGAGAAUUGAUUAAAAAAGUUCAGGGAAAUCCAGCAGAGUUGCGGCCCAAACUUACAGCAUUCAUCAACGACUUGGUGCAACUACUAUAUCUACCAGAAUGGCCAGCAGCAGAUUUAUUUUUGGCCUCUAUAUCAUCGUGCUUGAUUCAAGUUUUGAACUCGCCCGAAGAACAAAUUUCAGGAGAGACGCAACUUUUGGACAUUUUGCAGGAUUUGGCAGAGAGGGUUCUUGGUUAUUCCCUUGACGAUGUCCCAAUGGGGGAAAAGGAGAUGAUGGUUGUCUUGGGAAAUUGUCGGGAAUUCGAAAUAUGUGAUGCGUUGCAAUUCUUGCAGACAAAAAUACAUAUCCGUACAGGUUUCACGCUUGAAGCGGAGCCAACCAAGAAUUCUGAUACCAUAAGCCCGGGAUACAAGUGGCUAGUCUUAACGCAUCUAGUUAAUUUUUUCACCUCGAAAUAUUUCACUUUUCUUGAAGAGCAAGUUGGCAGCUCGAGAGCAAAAACUAGAGCUAAAGCCAUCAAAGGGUUGCUUAUCUUCGUCACAAAAUCGCCCCAAUUGCUCUUAUCUGCGCAUCUACAAAAGCAACUAUCUUCACGAUUACAAGACCCAGCAGCGCUGGUUAGGGAUUCUAUGCACGAAUUCCUCAAUACUCAUAUUUCAAAAAAUCCCGAUGAAGCGCAAAAGUUGAUUCACCCCAUGUACCUAGCCUUGAAUGAUCCCAGUAUUUCAGUUAGGAAAAGGAGCAUUCAAUCUUGUUUGGCCGUUUUCCCAUUGGUCAGCGAAGUGGUUAAAUUACGAAUCAGUGAGAGAGUACUUGAAAAAAUCCACGACGAGGAAGAUAGUGUGCGUAAUGAGGCGGUUUCAGGUUUGAAAAGUCUUUUCCUUUUCCAGCCACCGAAGCCAAACUUGAUCAAUCCUGGGGCCUUGGAUGUCAUCCGAAUUGCAAAAAGCAAAGGCCUGAAGUUGUUGCUGGCUUUUUUCAACGAGUAUGUAUUUACUGAUUCUAAGUCUGUUGGUUUUGUCGACACAUUGGUCUUAACUUGCAUUGAACUUGUCGGCAGUGCAGUGGAUGCCGAGGGAGGUAUGCUUCUAUUAUCAAUACUCUGCCAGCUAAAACCCAGUCUAAUAACCCAAGAUACGUUGGUGGAGAUGAAAAGUUUCUUCAUCGAUGAGGCAAACAUCAACACUAGUGCUUAUACUUAUGCUCUCCAAAUUUUGCAAACGACAACCUCCCAUCUAAUUGCUAUCCGUCCGGAAUUAUCGAUCGAGAUUCAAACAUUUUUGCUAUCGAAAAUCAUCAACUUUCACCAAAGAGACAUGUUGACCGCUACGUCAUCGUUGUGGAACUUGAGCAGAUUAAGUUCAACUGAAGGGAAAAUUGCAAAUGCCAUUUCUGGAACCUUGAAAUGGGUGAGAAAACUGUACAAUGAUAGAGCUUACAGGCAACUCCCAAAAUUAGUGCAAUUAUUGGGAUGCUUUGCAAGGAUCGUAAACCUUGAACAAUUCCACAACGUAUUCGUCAAAGAGGGAUUUAUGAAUGAGCAAGACGGUGUGAUGAGCAUGCUUUUCAAGCACAUUUUAACCUUUACAAAGCCCGAGUACCCGCCGACUCUUCGGAAAUAUGCACUUUCCAAUUUAGUUUUGGCAAGCUCUUGCCAUCCAAAGUUUAUUGCCCAUAGUGCGGUGACCAGCCGUGUAUUGAAUGCCAUAAAAACAGAGCCCGCGGAUGUCAAGUGCGCCAUUAUCCAAAACCUUAACAUUUACCUUGACGAUCAUGGAUCUGCAGAAAGCAAACUGUCUAUUUGCCUGGACAACCUUAAGUCAAUACAAGGUAUUGCCAAUAUGCAGCAAAACGCAUGUAAAUUUUUGGUCGAUCACUAUUUUGAUGAAAUCAUUAAAUUGUGCGCAACAAAUGACAUUCAAUUGGUGCUAGAGUCAUUUUUGUUUAUGCGGAUGUCGUUGGAAAUGGGAUUUGCAAACCCUAUUGGGGGUAUAUCUACGGUUGUUGCUUUGCAAGGGUCACCAACUUUGACUCUUCAAAAAGCUGCACAUGAUUUACACAAGUACUUGUUUGAGAAAUACAAGCCUGUAGUGGAUUCGCAGUAUACUGAAGGUAUUAAACUUGCAUUUUCAACGGGCCAGAUUGCCAAAAACAUGUUUGUGUUGUUAUACGACGUUGCGGUUGAAUCAAGAAUGUCGAGAAAUAAGUUUAUCAAGGCAUUAUCAAGGUUUUUUGUGAUUAAGCUGAAAAGAAGUCACUUGGCUGAGGAUCUAAAAUUUAUCAUUUUUGUUAUUGAGAGGAUGUCGCUAAUCAAGUAUAAAACAAUAGAGGAAGUAUACAUCAUUUUGGACCAGCUUCAGCAGGUUUUGCAAAAUAUUGCCCCUGACUAUAUCCACGAUCUUCGCGAAUCCCAAAUUGGCGAUGAAAAUACUAGCCAUUUGGCCCAUUUGAUUUACUUGUUUCUUGAUUUCUACAACUACCUUUCAAGAAAGUACAACAUCAGCAGUGAAAACAUAGAAGGAUUCGGGUCUCGUUGUUUAGAAAUUGAUUUUACACAAACUCCAACGAUUGUGAGUUCGCCGACUCUUCACGUGGGUUGGGUAUUUGCCAAUAUGCUAAAUAUUGAUUCGUUAAAGUUUGUUGUGAAGGAAAUUCGAAAGUCUAUAUUUGUACAAGGUGAAUAG